AUGUUUUUAUUGAUUCUUCGAAUACUUAUAACCCCGGAUCGGGUGUUCUGUUGGGUAAUACCCAAAGUUCAAAGAUGUGCAAGGAGGCUGUGGAGACGUAGCGAGGCUACCAACAUGGGGGCGGUGACUUUCUUCUGCGUGGCAGUGGCGUUCCUGCUCUACUACAACACCCUGGACGCCGGAUUCGUUUACGAUGACAGGCGAGCGAUCCUCUCCAAUCCUGACGUCAUGGGGCACACGACUAUCGGAGCGUUGUUCGACAACGAUUUCUGGGGGACCCCAUUGAACGACCCCGGAUCUCACGGCUCCUACCGCCCACUAUGCGUCAUAUCCUAUCGGCUCAAUUACAUCUUCAGUGGAUUCAAGCCAUACAGCUACCAUUUAGUUAACGUUAUGCUACACUGUACAGCAACAAUACUAGUAAUAAUGUUAGCUAGGAUUUUAAUGCCAGCGUAUGCUGUGAAAAUUGGCACGGCCGUUGCGGGCCUCACGUUCGCAGUCCAUCCGAUACAUACGGAAGCCGUCGCUGGGAUUGUGGGCAGGGCUGACGUGGCCGCUUGCAAUUUUUUCCUGUUAAGUUUUUUGCUAUACAGCAAGCAUGUAUGGCUACGUGACAAGCGUGAGCAAGUCUGCAUAACGCGGAUAAAGAACCUAAAAAAUCUAGUACCUCAACAAAGCCAUGCCGAGCAAUCAUUCCGGCUGAGCUGUCACGGAUUGUUGCAACACAUUCUGAUAAAUUGUUAUCGUCUCAUAAAAAAUGGACGAACUGGACCUUUAAACGUGUUGAGUAGUCAGGAGGUCGAGAAGACGAGCGGAAAAACGAACAAGAGUGCUUGUGAAAGUGUUUGUGUCAGUGAAGCUAUUAGUGAUAUUGUGCAGUGGUUUGCGUUGGGAGGAGCUGUGGUUUUCGCUGUCGCGGGCACGCUGUGCAAAGAGUCGGCUUUAGUGGUCCUGCCUCUUUGCAUAUUCUACGAUGUCUUAAAAGGCAUUCGUCAAGAAGCUUUCUAUUCGAAGAAUCGGUGGCGAAGCAUUUUGGCGCUUGGAGUUGCUCAAAUUCUAUUAAUGUUCUGGAGAUUAAAGCUAGUCGGAGCAACCCCAGUUUUUGCGGCAGCCGAUAACCCAGCAGCUCGCGAUAAAUCUUUACUAACUAGACUUCUAACAUUUUCAUAUUUACCAGUUUUCAACUUUUUUCUUUUGCUUUACCCUCUUCAACUAAGUUUUGACUGGUCUAUGGAUUCUAUACCUAGAAUAACGACCAUCUUUGAUGUUAGAAACAUUUGUUCAAUAAUAUUUUAUUCAUCUUUGAUAAUAAUUAUAACGAUAACAACACAAAAUUUAUUUAGACAACCGCAAGCAAGGGGUUCAAAGGAAUUCAAAUACGCGAGCAAGAAGCACAGUUCUAAAACAAAACAGAAACGGCAUAACAAUAGUAAACAAUAUAAAAAAGCACCAGACUGCGAUGAGAGAAAAAACAGUCGUUCGAACAAAGAGUACGACACUUCUAAAACACUGGUGUGCUCGUGUAAAGGGUGCGGGUACCCCUUGACAGAUGUAGAAAACAGCAACAGCGGUGGAACAAACAACAAUAACAUUCUGAUGUACAAUUAUAACUGUGUCUGCCCGAUACCGAACACAAAAUGUUUGGCAUUCGUUAACUCCAGGAGAUACCAUUGCCAUGGUCCUCACGUAUCAAUGUUGAUGAUGAUGGCUUUCAUGAUAUUACCGUUUCUGCCUGCCACUAAUGUUUUCUAUUACGUGGGGUUUGUUGUCGCUGAACGAGUGUUAUAUAUGCCCAGUGUUGGUUUCUGCCUAUUGCUCGGAUUCGGAGCAGGUGUAUUGACGAAGAAAUAUUAUGAAGACGACUGGAAGACUAGCAUAUUUAUGGUGUUCCUUCUGAUUGUAUUCGGGGCUAUGUGCGGAAACACUGUCAGAAGAAACUGGGAUUGGCAUGAUGAAGAAAGCUUAUUCCGGAGUGCUAUACACGUCAACCCUCCUAAAGCUUACGGCAAUUUGGGGAGUAUCCUGAUAUCCCAAGGAAGGUUGGCAGAAGCACAAGUGGCCUUUGAAAAAGCACUCUAUCACAGGCCAAACAUGGCCGAUGUACACUAUAAUCUAGGAAUUGUACUUCAAUCACAAAAGCGAUAUAACGAAGCUAUCAAAAGUUUCAAUAAUGCAAUCAAUUACAGACCGUCGAUGGCACUCGCAUACGUGAAUAUGGGCGUGUCGCUGGUAGCCGAAGGUAGACUCGAAGAUGCAGCUAAAAUCUUAAGAGCUGGAAUAAAAUCUGACGGGUCUACGGUACGAGACCGAAGAGAGAACUUCGCAGCCAAGGUUUCAGCAUUGGUGCAGCUUGCAGCGCUUCAUAAGGCUUCUGGGCGUUUGGAGGAAGCACAUUCAGUUUAUGAAGAAGCUCUGGAUAUGCUACCUGAUGACUAUGAGCCAGCGCAGGGGUGGACGAGACGGUCUAUCGAGUCAAUGGCCGAAGAGGUUUACGAUGUAAUGAGAAAAACUAAAGGAACCACCACUGCUGUCAAAUGUGGCGAAAUCGAGAAACCGGUACCUAAAGAUGCCGCAAAAUAUAUUUCGCUGGCUGAAGAUAUUUCAAGAAAUGCAAAUAAACUCGCCGAAGCGGAAAAGAUGUUCAAGAAGGCUGUAAAAAUGGCUCCCAAGCAUCCUUCAGUGCGAGAACAGUAUAGUGUGUUCCUUAAAUACCGCGGCAAAUAUAACGAAUCAGCCAGACAGAUGGUGAGGGCCGCCAAGCUGGCUCCGGAGGACGGCAGGCGGGCGUGGCUGGCGGGGCAAGCGCUCCGGGACGCGGACCGCGCCAAAGACGCCGAGAAGUGGUACAGGCGCGCUGUGGAACUCAAACCAGACAAUGCCGACUACCACUCCAACCUUGGUGCUAUCCACCAUAUAAACGGCAAGUACGCCGAAGCGGUGCUCGCGUACAACCGGGCGCUAAAACUAGUUCCAGAUGACGAAAUCAUUUUGACCAAUAUGAGGAGAGUCGCUUCAGUGAUAGCUAGAAAAUAUUUCAACGUAAAUUAAAACACAGAAUAUGACACAUCAAAUAAUAGGAAGUCAAUUGCCAAAGUUAAUAUAAGAUGCCGAAAUAUUCAA